AUGGACCGAUUGAAAAAGGAGUGUCCUAGGGCCCUAACCAACCUGGUGGGCGAGUAUGAAAAUAAUCUAGGAAUAUUGCAGAAAUUGGGAGAAAACACGAAAGGUUGGAGCUCAUUACUAGUCCACAUGAUAACAUUACGGUUAGACCAAACAACUCUCCGGGGCUGGCAGCGAACAGCAGACAAAAAGAGAAUGCCAACAUAUGACGAACUGAUCCAGUUUCUCCGCGAUUAUAUUGGUGAACUCGAGACGCUAAGGACUGACCGAAAUAUUCUAGAAUCCAGAUCCGUUCCACAGAACAUUAAUACUACGACUUCAUAUCCUUCGAAAGAACAGUGUCUAGCUUGUGGCAGAGGACAUCAACUGUACUAUUGCGAAAGUUUCAAACACAUGCCAUUAUCACAACGAAUUUCAAUUGUAUCGAAAGCAGGACUCUGUAAUAAUUGUCUAUUCGGAAAACAUUCCCCUACCAGCUGUAAAUAUGGUUCUUGUCGGGAAUGUGGAGCUAAGCAUCAUACGUUACUGCAUAAUUCUGCACAGAAUUCGCCAUCCACUAGCUACAAUAGGAGACAACAAACCAACGACUCAACUGUUUCACAUAUAACUCAAAGCAAUUCACUUCUACUUUCCGCCAACAAAUGUAAUUUUCAGUCCAAUGAAUCUCUCUCGAAUUUCAAAGCCAGUGACAGCCACAUUGUGUCUCGAUUUGAUCACUCCCCUCCAAGUCAAGUCUUCCUUGCGACCGCUGUCGUUAAAGUUCUUGGUUCUAAUGGAAAUUCAUUCCUUGCUCGAGCCCUACUCGACAACGCCUCUCAGCCAAAUUUGAUGACUGAACGAUUUCGACGAUUUCUGAAUAUUCGUAAAACACCGGAAAAUACGGAAAUUGCCGGCGUAGGUGGUGAUAUCGCUGCAGUAUCAAAUUACUCAGCGGUUGCAACAGUAGCAUCUAGAUUCAACAACUAUCGCGUUCCUCUUGAAUUCAUCGUGAUGGAAAAGGUUACGAACGACCUGCCUACCUGUACUGUCGACACCAGCGAUUGGGUUAUUCCAGAGAACGUUCGUCUCGCUGACCCAUCAUUUGCUAUAAAGGGUCCAAUAGAUAUAGUCAUCGGAGCUCAAGUAUUUUUUGACCUUAUUCGAAACGGUCACUUUAAGAUUGCACAUGACAAACCUGUUCUUCAAAAUUCUGUUCUCGGGUGGCUAGUAUCUGGGUUGCAUCUUCGUCGCAAUCCUGUACAGAAUCAUUACUCUUGUCAAGUAUCAAUGUACCAGGACUUAGACCAACGUGUGAACAAGUUUUGGGAACUGGAAUCUUGCUCUUCAAACGUUGCCUGGUCGGUUGAAGAAAAGCGUUGUGAAGACAAUUUCAUUGCCAACACACGCAGAGAUUCAUCCGGCCGUUAUAUAGUCUCGCUGCCGAAGAAGGAAGAACUAAUUGGUCAGCUAGGAAAUUCGCUUUCGAUUGCAAUACUUCGAUUCUAUUCGCUAGAAAAACGCUUCGAAUUAAAUAAAGAACUUCGACACCAAUAUACACAAUUUAUGAAGGAAUACUUAGACCUUGGACACAUGAAGUUGGUUGAACCUGUUGAGGAUAUUCCAGGUCACCACUUCUAUCUACCACAUCACGCCGUCCUUAAACCGGACAGCACAACCACGAAGCUACGAGUGGUUUUCGAUGGGUCAUGCAAAACCACUUCGGGUUUUAGCCUCAAUGAUCUACUGCUAACUGGUCCAACUGUGCAAGACAAUAUGAUUUUCAUUAUUCUCCGAUUUCGAAUGAAAAGGAUAGUCGUGACAGCCGAUAUAACGAAGAUGUACCGACAAAUUUGGGUACACGAAAAGGAUCAAAUGCUACAGAGAAUUCUCUGGCGUGAUUCACCUUCUGAACCAUUGCGUACGUACCAACUGACCACAAUUACUUAUGGUACAACAUCAGCUCCGUAUUUGGCGACCCGUUGUUUACAAAAAUUAGCGGAUGACGAAGCAGAUAAUUUUCCUGCAGCGGUACCUGUAGUUAAAAAGGGCUUUUACGUAGAUGACUUGAUGUACGGCUUUGACUCACUGGAAGAAGCAGAAGCUGCAGUAAGAGAAACAUCUCAGAUGCUUGAAGCUGCCGGAUUUCCUUUGCGAAAAUGGGCAUCGAAUCGCAUUGAAAUUCUGGAACUGUUUCCGUCAGAUCAGCAUGAACAAUCUCCAAUAUUGGAACUCGAUCAUACUGCUCCAAUCAAAACGCUCGGCUUACUGUGGAAACCCAUAUCCGAUGAAUUACAUUUUAGGAUUCCAGAAGGUCCUGAUAAGCUCGUUUCGACAAAACGCAAUAUUCUCUCAUACGUAUGCAGUAUGUUCGACCCACUCGGAUUGGUUGGACCGGUGAUAUGUAGUGCCAAAUUACUCAUACAGACACUCUGGGAAAGAAAAUUUGGGUAG